AUGGAUGCUGAAGUGAAACAUAUAUCUGCUGAAAAUAUUCUACAAGAGGUCUAUAAAAGACGUAAAGUAGUUAAACCUUCCGCUAAAGUUGACAUACUGGAUUUAGAAGAGUUAAGAGAACUUCAAAGAAGGAAGAGAACAGAAUACGAGACUUAUUUAAAACGUAAUAGACUGGAUAUUGGGCAAUGGAUACGUUAUGCUAAAUUCGAAGUAGAACAACGUGAUAUAAGAAGGGCAAGAUCCGUUUUUGAAAGGGCUCUGCUGGUGGACAGUUCUCAUGUACCACUGUGGAUUAGAUACAUCGAUACUGAGAUCAAAUUAAAGAAUAUUAACCAUGCUAGGAACCUUAUGAAUAGAGCAGUGAGCAUUUUACCUCGAGUGGAUAAAUUUUGGUACAAAUAUUUGGUCAUCGAAGAGUCAUUGGGUAAUGUAGAAAUCGUUAGAUCUUUAUUCACUAGAUGGACUUCGUUGGAACCAGGUACUAAUGCAUGGGAUUCGUUUGUUGAUUUUGAAUUGAGACAAGAGAAUUGGGAUAAUGUGAGGAAAGUGUUUGCCAUGUACGUUUUAGUACAUCCACAGACGGAUACAUGGCUUCGAUGGGUUCAGUUUGAAACUGUACAUGGAGAUACUGAUACCGUUCGUAAAGUUUAUUCAUUGGCAUUGGAUACUGUAGUAUCAAUGAGUGAAAAAUUGACGAUUCAAGAUGAGGAUUUAGCAGGUCUAAUCAUCUCAUUCGCUAACUGGGAAGCUACUCAACAGGAGCACGAACGGUGUAGAGAGUUGUAUCGAAUAUCGAUUGAUAAGUGGCCACAGAAUCAGUUUCUGAAAGAAGGUUUAGUGGAAUUCGAAAAAAGGUUUGGUAGUUCACAAUCGAUUGAAAACACUGUGAUUCAUAAAAGAAGGAGGAGGUACGAGUUGACUUUGCAAGAAAAUCCACAUGAUUAUGAUACUUGGUGGCUCUACCUUGACUUAAUACAGGAUAAUUUUAAAGCUGAUCUCUUAAAAUGUUUGGAUAAAUCGGUCACAGGUACUCAACCCAAGGAAAAUACCAAGACUCUAGCUUGGAAAAGUUAUAUCUUUCUAUGGAUAAGAUAUCUGGCCUAUGUGGAAUUAGAGUGCGCCAAUUUAGACAUUUGUAGGCAGCUGUACCAAAGAUUGAUCGAAUUAAUCCCACACAAGAAUUUCACAUUCGCUAAAAUUUGGUACAUGUACAGUCAAUUCGAAUUGAGAAAUGGUGAUCUGACAUCAGCAAGAAAAAUAUUGGGCAGGUCCCUUGGAUUAUGUCCCAAACCAAGGAUUUUUAAGCUAUACAUCGAUAUGGAGAUUAAGCUCAGAGAAUUUGACCGUGUAAGAAAGCUGUAUGAAAAGUUUAUUGAGUAUGAUGGUUCGAACGUUGAGACGUGGAUGGCAUAUGCGGAUUUGGAGGCAAAUUUAGGUGAUCGAGAUCGUGCUACAGGCAUCUAUGAGAUUUCUUUAGAUCCGGAUGUGACUUGUUUGACCCAAGAUGCAAAGUUGCAAUUGAUACAGAAAUAUAUCGAUUAUAUGACUUCGGAAGAAGAAUUUGAUAAAGCAAGAGACCUUUAUGAGAGAUACUUGAGAUUAACUGCAUUUUCGUCAACUAUUUGGAAAAUGUAUGCACUUUAUGCCAGUGAAAAUCCAACAGGGGACCAAGUGCAAGAACUUCGCGAAUCUGCAAGUGCCAGCGGUAAUGAAGACGAGGAAAUUGAAUUCUGCGUUCAAGAUGUGAACAGACAAAUGUCAAGGGGAAUAUUUGAAAGGUCACUGAAUCACUUCAAAAGAUUGGGUGAUAAGGAAAGUAGAAUCGCCAUACUGGAGGAAUUCAAGAAUUACGAAAAUACCUUUGGUGACGAAGAGAGUCAAGAAAAGAUUCAGAAGAGACAGCCCAAGCUUGUGGGGCCUCCUGGUCAAGAAGAGUACGUUUUUCCUGAUGAUGAGGUGAGAAAUGAGGUUCCUAAUGUGUCCAAAUUACAGGCACUUGCCAAAAAAUGGGAGCAGAACCGUCAAUCUGAAUAG